ACAUUCGUCGAUAAACAAAAGAAUAAUAGAGUGAGAUACGAAUACAUUUAGUUUAGAUGUCUUCCUUUGUAUUAACCUCUUGAGUUUUCCUCCUCUUCGUCUCUGACCACUUCGCUCCGGCGUUAGGUUUGUCUUUUUCUGCUACUCCUCCUUCUCGGUAUUCUAUAAGUGUCUCUCUCUCUCAAGCAUAUCAAAUGGGGGACUCGGAAAAUGCACAGCCACCUUCGAAGAAGAGAGGUGCUUUAAAGCAGCUGUCUCGUGAAAAUCCAGGUCUUGAUGAUGAGGAAGAUUCAGCUGAACUUGAGAGUGGAACUUUCAAGAAGGCCAGUGAUGAGGUAUUGGCAAGUAGAAGAAUUGUCAGAGUUAAGCGCAAAGAGCCAUCAGCUCCACCAGCUGCAUCACUCAAUCCAUUUGCUGGAAUUCAACUGGUCCCUGCUUCUGCACCUGCUUCAACCACACCUCUGGCUGAGUCGAAACUGGCUCCAGCGGAAGCGGUGGUCGAGGAGGAUGACCAAAAGGUAACCGAUACCGAAGAAGAGGAUGAAGUUGACAGUAAGAAGGUUGAUAAUGUCAAAGAUUCUGCUGGCGAAGAGACUGAAAAAGCUAAAGAUAAUCAAUGUGGGAAGACAUCUGAUACUCAAGUUACUGAUGCUGAUGUAAACCAGACGGUCUCGAGUGUUACAAACAUCAGCAACGCUGUUGAAGGAACAGACCAGACUGAGGAUCCUCUUGAGAAGAAGGAUUCAGGAGGUGAUCAAAGUGAGAGAAAAGAAGAAAGUGAAGAGGCUGAUAAGAACGGUGAUAAUGGCGCUUUGAGUUCGUUCCAACAGCACUCUAGUAGCAAAAAUGCAUUCACGGGACUGGCUAGUACAGAGGCUUCUGGUUCUUCAUUCUCAUUCGGUUUGGUUUCUCAGGAUGGUUCAACUGGUUCUGGAUCUCUCUUUGGGUUUGGCCUUCAGAACAGCAAUAACUCUUCCCUUUUCGGUGCUUCUGGAGCUUCAAUUAUCAAGAAGAGCAGCGAAGGUACUGCGUUCCCACCAAAGGAAGAGGUUUCCACAGAAACAGGAGAAGAAAACGAGAAAGUUACCUUCUCAGCUGACUCGAUAAUGUUUGAAUAUCUUGAUGGAGGAUGGAAAGAGCGUGGUAAAGGAGAAGUCAAGGUUAACGUCUCCAGUAAUGGUGGUAAAGCAAGGUUAGUUAUGAGGGCUAAAGGUAACUACAGGCUGAUCUUGAACGCGAGUCUCUACCCGGAAAUGAAACUUGCAAGCAUGGACAAGAAGGGAAUCACAUUCGCCUGUGUGAACAGUGUAAGCGAAGGCAAAGAAGGUCUCUCUACAUUUGCACUGAAGUUCAAAGACCCAACAAUCGUGGAAGAGUUUCGCGUAGCCAUUGACAAACAUAAAGACAAUAAGCCGAUAGAAGAAACCACUCUUCCUCUGAAGACACCUGAGAACUCUCCAACGGCUACAGAUGCUUGAAGAGAAAGGUAAAAACAAAAGCAAAAAGAAACAUGUAGAAACACUUCUCUUUGUCUUGUGUCUUGUUUUCUUACGUUCAAGUAGUUGAAUUUUGAGGCAGAUAAACAUAGAGAUUUGAAGAACUUUGUCGUUUUUUAUUUUCCGCAGUUCUUGAGACUUUCUGGUUACCAUGAGACUUAAAUCUGCUUCUUGAUUUCUUUAUAUGAACCAUUUCAUUGCGACU